AUGUCGCACGCGCUCGCAUCGUUGAACAGCGUUCGAUCAACGGUGCAUGCGAAGAAGCAAUACGUUGAAAGGUGGAUCUCCACUCGUGCGUCGAGCGAUGGGUCGAGUGAGGGUGGAGAGAAGUUUACCAACGCGGGCGCGUUUUCGGCGCUUAGCGAGUUGAAGACAACGCGCGAUCCGUUCGCACGCACUUCGGCUCGACCGCGUGCGCCGUCGACGCCUAGCAUAACGACUGGGGUCUUCAUCAAGACAGGUGUCGACGCGAGCAUGCUACCAACGACGCGGGAUGCGGAGACGCUGUUGAAACGGUUCGAUGAGACUCAGCGCAAAGCGGGUGAGGACGCCGCGCUCAGCGCAUGCGAACGACCGGUGCUCGAGCGGUCGACGCGUGCCUUAGCGUCUCGUGCGUCCCGAAUCAUGCUCGGAAUCUGCGCCGCGUCGGCGGAGGAGGGAUUGACUUCUCUUCGAUCGUGGACCACCGAGCUCGCGCUGCCGAGAGGAAAGCUUCACGGGAUGGACAAGGAUGGCGUCCCUGUCGAUCCUCCGCAAGGGGCGGUGUUCAUUAAGUAUAACUCACUCUCGGGUGAUGCGUACAUUUCGGGCUACGGUGGGACGUUUCGCGGGGUUUUGUUCACGCCCGAGCUCGACGACGGAUCGUUUAGGCAGUUCGGCUAUCUCCCGCUCGAUGUAUUGACAAAUUAA